GGAAGGGCAGGGCGUCCUCCCUUCGUCCUCGGGAGAGAGCUGCUGGGGAGCGCCCGUCCCGGUCGGGACAGAGCACCCUCCGAGCAGGAGCCUGCAGAGAUGGACUCUUUCAGAUCCUGGCCGAGCCCUGCGAGUCAAGAUCUGGUCUGGUUUGCCUGUCAGCGGUUCUACAACAUGUGCACAAGACUGACAUUGUCCAUUUGAAAACAGUGAGGAUUUUAGUGUACUGAGAGCUCUCAGUCUUGAAGUGUUCAGAGCCAUGGAGUCCUUUGAAGCCAGAAGUGAUGAUGUCAUUUUGGCAGGAUAUCCUAAAUCUGGUACAAACUGGGUAGGUCAGAUCUUAAGUGAUCUGGUGGCCACAUUUGAAAAAAAAAGACUUGAUGAAGAAAAAAGUGUUAAUGAUGAAGAGCUAGAAGAAUUUCCGUAUCUUGAAAUUGGAGAUACUGAGAAAUAUGAGCGAAUGAAGAAGUUACCUUCUCGAAGAGUUAUAUUAACUCAUCUUGCUCCUGGCAACCUUCCAAAGUCUAUCUUCAAAAAUAAAGCCAAGAUAUUGCUACUGAUUCGCAAUCCGAAAGACAUAGCUACAUCGUUUUUCCAUUUUUCCAAUGCCUUGUCAGCUUUACCUUCCUAUGAGACCUGGGACGAUUUCUUCGUAGCUUUCAUGGCAGAGAAAAUGCCCUGGGGAUCCUACUUCAAUUACCUUUCUGAAUGGAACAAAUAUGCUGCUGAUGAAAAUGUUAUGACAAUAACAUAUGAAGAACUAAAAGAGAAUCGAGCCCUGGGAGUGAAAAACAUUGCCUCUUUCCUUGGGAUUUCCCUGAUUGGGGAAGAGCUUCGGAGUGUGGUAGAGAGAAGCAGUUUCCAGUCCAUGAAGGAGAACUCUCUGAAGACCCAUGGGGCUCUGGGCAGCAUGCUCUUUCGCAAAGGUGGUGUAAGUGACUGGAAGAAUCUUUUCAAUGAAGAGCAGAAUGAGAAAAUGGACAAAGUAUUUGCAGAACGUAUAGCACGAACGAAACUAGGAGCAAAAUUAAAGUAUGAAGUGUACUGCAAAGCCUGAAGAGUAAUGAAAUGUGGUUAGACCAAUAGCUUUCCACUGUGCUCUUUGAUCAUCUGAAUGAUAUACAAUAAAAAGCUAAAUGAAACAAUCAAAGCAUCUCGGAAUCAUUGUAAAAGUCACCUUGCAGGAACUUUUACAAUGACAACAAUGAAUAGCUGGCUUUUUAAAAUAAACGCGAGAUCUUGCUUUGGCUACAUUCAUUUGCUGAAUAUGAUGGUAACUAACUAUAUUCAGAUCAACUUGACAGGCUUGUUUCAGUAGCUACCACAUGGAA